UCAACGUGCACAAACCUUUAAGUGAUGCCUGUGUCGCAGCCAGUGCGUGCCAAGAGUUUGUUACAUGCAAACUUAGAAAAUUCUCGCGGGCGACUUUUGCAAAGCAGAAUGCCAAACAUCAAAGUCUUCAGUGGUACAUCGCAUCCAGAUUUGGCUCAGCGUAUUGUCGACAGACUCGGUAUUGACAUUGGAAAAGUUGUCACAAAGAAAUUUAGUAACCUCGAAACAUGUGUGGAAAUAGGAGAAUCAGUUCGUGGAGAAGAUGUGUACAUUGUACAAAGUGGAAGUGGAGAAGUAAAUGAUAACUUGAUGGAGUUACUGAUUAUGAUCAAUGCAUGUAAAAUUGCCUCUGCAUCUCGAGUAACUGCUGUAAUUCCUUGUUUUCCAUAUGCAAGACAAGAUAAGAAGGAUAAGGGUGGUGAUGGAGGUGACAACACAAAUUCUAAGAAUCAAAUUGUCAUGAAGUCAAACGAGUGGAAAUUCAGGAGUCGUGCACCUAUUUCAGCUAAACUAGUAGCAAAUAUGCUGUCAGUAGCUGGAGCUGAUCACAUUAUUACAAUGGACUUACAUGCUAGUCAAAUACAAGGAUUUUUUGACAUUCCAGUUGACAAUUUAUUUGCUGAACCAGCUGUUUUGAAAUGGAUUAAAGAGAACAUUAUUGAAUGGCGUAACAGUAUCAUUGUUUCUCCAGAUGCUGGUGGUGCCAAAAGGGUAACAUCUAUCGCUGAUCGAUUAAAUGUUGAAUUUGCUCUUAUACAUAAAGAAAGGAAAAAGGCAAAUGAGGUUGCUAGUAUGGUAUUAGUUGGAGAUGUAAAAGACAGAGUUGCUAUUCUAGUAGAUGAUAUGGCUGACACUUGUGGCACUAUUUGUCAUGCAGCAGAAAAACUUUUGGAAGCUGGAGCAAUCAAAGUAUAUGCAAUUUUAACACAUGGCAUUUUUAGUGGCCCAGCAAUUAGUAGAAUUAAUAAUGCUUCUUUUGAAGCUGUGGUAGUAACAAAUACCAUUCCUCAGGAUGGCCAUAUGAAGGACUGCCCAAAGAUACAGUGUAUUGAUGUAUCAAUGAUGUUUGCUGAGGCUGUAAGGCGGACUCACAAUGGUGAAUCUGUAUCGUACCUGUUUUCAAAUGUACCGUAUUAGAUACAAAUCUGCCUGACAAUGUACUCU